AUGCUUAACCACUUUUCUAUUUCUACACGUCGGUAUGUUUUGUUCUGCCUAUCAUUGUUGGUGUACCACUGGAAGGAGGCAGCCUGCUCUCCUGGUCAGGGCAGGAGUAUUUGGCAGCAGCCUAAACUGGACCCCGCUUUCAAAGUCCAGCCUUUCCUUCAUGACGCCUUUUCCUCUGGGUUCCUCUGGGGCUCGGGGACCUCUGCCUUCCAGACAGAAGGAGCCUGGACCCAGGAUGGGAAAGGCACUUCCAUCUGGGACCAUUUCACACACACAGCUGUAGGUGGCAACUCAACAGAAGAGACUGCCAAUACAGCCAGCGACAGCUACAACCGCUGGGAAGAAGAUGUAGAGGCUCUGGAAUAUCUCGGCGUCAGUUCGUAUUCUUUUUCCCUCUCCUGGCCGAGGCUCUUUCCUGAUGGGAACGCUAGAAAUCAGCCAAACACAGCUGCUGUGGAGCAUUAUAGCCAGCUCAUAGAGACACUCCUGAAGAAGAACAUAGAGCCCAUAGUCACUCUCUACCACUGGGACCUGCCUCAGAAGCUGCAAGAGCAAUAUGGCGGCUGGAAAAAUGACACACUGGUCCACCUGUUUGAGGACUACGCUGCUUUCUGCUUCCAGACAUUUGGAAGCCGUGUCAAGUACUGGAUCACAAUGCAUAAUCCGUACCUGGUGGCUGUGCAGGGGUAUGGGACAGGUGUGCACGCUCCUGGAGAGAAAGGGGGGCCUGCUGCCUCUCUGAUUGUGGCUCACAACUUGAUCAAGGCACAUGCCAAAGCAUGGCACGUCUACAAUGCUACCUUCCGCACAACUCAGGGGGGAAAAGUAUCCAUUGUUCUCGGUUCUCACUGGGUUGAACCUCAAAGAGGCCAAAUCACUGCUGCUAAUGUUGAGUUUUGUCAGCAUUCAGUGGAAGCGGUCCUUGGCUGGUUCGCUCAGCCCAUCUUUGGCAAUGGAGACUACCCCAUGUCACUGAGGAUCCAGCAUGGGCCUCUCCUGCCUGUCUUCACCCCUGAGGAGAAGGCCUGGGUUCAGAAAACCGCGGACUUCUUUGCUUUGUCUUUUGGGCCAAACAACUUCCGCCUCGGACGCAACCUGGUCCACUUCGGCCAGGCAGUGACUCCAGACCUGCGGCGCCUGCUGGGCUGGAUCAAGCUGGAGUAUGGGAACCCCAGGGUGCUGGUGGCCGAGGGAGGCUGGUUCUCUGAAGCCAAUAAAGGAAAGGACGACACAGUGGCCAUCUAUCUGAUGAAAAAUUUCAUCAACCAAGUCUUACAAGCGGUAAGAUUUGAUGGUGUGCAGGUGUUUGGCUACAUAGCCUGGUCACUGGUUGAUGGGUUUGAGUGGAACUACUCAUACACCGUCAGACGAGGCCUUUUCUACAUUGACUUCAGUCAAUCGAAUCGGAUCAGGAUCCCAAAGACUUCGGCUCAGUACUACAGGAACAUUGUCAAUGACAAUGGCUUCCCACAGGAAGAAACCCCCGCUGAGGUCAAAGGUCGUUUCCCUUGCGUAUUUCAUUGGGGUAUCGCUGACUCAACAUUACAGGUCCACUUCUUCCCCUUCUCCCCACAAUUUAUUGAUCCUCAUCUGUACACCUGGAAUGUGACGGGAGACGGCUCGCUGCAUCCAGUCUCAGAAGUAAAGCUCCAAACCCGAGGAGAACAAUGCACUGACUAUCUGGCCAUCCGAAACCAUCUUCGCCUGUUUGCGUCCACUGGAGCGUCUCACUAUCGCUUUGCCCUAAACUGGUCUCUGAUUUUACCUCAUGGAGACCGCUCAAAGGUGGACACUGAGGUUCUGAGGUACUACCGCUGUGUUCUGACUGAGCUCAAGAGGCUGCAGCUGGAGGCUGUCGUGGUCAUGUACUAUCCAACACACCAUGCACCGAACCUGGGCUUACCCGCGUCGCUGCACGCCGCCGGGGGGUGGCUCAAUUACAGCACAGUGGAGGUUUUUAAGGAAUACGCAGCACUUUGCUACGAGGAGCUGGGUGACUGGGUUCAGUACUGGAUCACCAUAAAUGAGCCCAACAGAUUGGUGGAUAUUUACCUGAACGGGAAGGAAAUGCACCAGGCUGCUCAUAACCUUCUUCUGGCUCAUGCUAAAGCCUGGAGGUUAUAUGAGCGGGACUAUUACGGUCGUCAGCAGGGACUGGUGUCUCUGGCGCUGCAUGCUGACUGGGCCACACCUGCCAAUCCUUACUUGGAGUCUCAUUCGGCAGCGGCAGAGCGAUUUCUUCUGUUUGAGCUCGGCCGCUUCUUAGACCCAUUGCUGGGGACGGUACAUGAGGAAAAGCAGGCCAAAGGGGAUUACCCACACGAAAUGAAGAUGUACCUGGAGGAGAGGGCGCGAGUGAUGGGCCUCCCUGGAUCCCCUCUUCCGAUUUUUACAGACGCUGAGCGUGAGGAGCUGAGAGGGGCGAUGAGUUUUAUCGCACUGAACCAUUUCACAACCCGCCUUGUUUCUCCAUAUCCACACAUGCAGAAACCACCUCCAGAUCACGACUGUUUACUCCUCUCCGACCCCACCUGGCCCUCCUCUGGCCUGGGGCAGGCUGUUGUACCCUGGGGCCUCAGGAAGAUGCUGAACUGGGUGAACCAGAGAUAUGGAGGAACUGUCCCCAUCAUAGUAACAGGCAGCGGGGUUGAUGAUCAGGCUCCGUCUGAGGAUAAACUCAGACAAUACUACAUCAGGAGUUACCUCCAAGAAGCUCUCAGAGCUGUACAUUUAGACGGCGUAAACUUGCAAGGCUUCUACGUGUGGAAGCUCCAAGAUCGACACGCCCCCCAGUUUGGCCUCUUCACCUCCGCCCAACACCAAUCCAAAGCUAAAGCCUCCAUCGCUGCGUACAGGGAAAUCAUCGCUCACAGGGGUUCCCCUGACAAUGACACCACGGCGCCCUGCAGGUCCACUGAACCACACAAACCUUGUUCAGUGUGUGCAUGGAUGCUGAGGAACAAGACGAUGCUGGUUUUCGGAGGCUGCCUCCUAAUGACGACCAUGACGCUGGCAGCACUCAUCAUCUUCUUCAUCACUACCAAGAAAAACCACACACACAGGAGAGGGAGGAGCACUAUGAGCCGGAGGAGGAGGAGGAGAAGAAGUGAAGGAGUAUCGGUGUGUUUGUGUCCUCCUGUUGUUGACUGGUGA